AUGUCGACAACUGCUUUCGAGUUCAAUGGAGCAAAGUUUGUCACCAACAACUACUCAGCCAUACUUGAUAACGAUGAAGCUCCCAAAGAGUUUCAUCUUAUUCAGGACUUCCUGGCUCACAGUGAGCUAAUGAGACAAGAGAAUAUGAAUAUAGUCUAUUAUGCUAGAUUCUGUCAGCUUAUAUUCUCUUAUUGCUUUCCUCAUGUGCCCAUUCCUGAAACUGGUAAUGAAUUACCCUUUAAGAUCACCAAACGUGCUUUUACUGAUCUUAUUAAGAAGGAUAGCAAGAAACCACAUGUGCCUGUAUUUGCCAUUCCUGUGACUGUACAGGAUAAAUUAAGAGUAGCUUUACCUGAUAAGUAUUCAGCUCUGUUCUCUGAUGAGAAUAUACCACAGCCUUCACCUUCUACUGUUGAUCCAGAACCAGUCCCAACCUCUGGUCCUUCCCAAAAGGGGCCAGUUGUAAAAUCUACUCACACACUACCCUCUGGCUCUUCCCAACAAGGGCCAGUUGAAAAAUCUUCACCAAAGAGGAUUCUCAGGUCCACCAAAUCCCCAACCAAACCCUCACCUCCUCCCAGGAAAAGAAGAUUUCUACAGAAAUUAUCAGACUCUGACUCUGAUGAAGCACCUCCACCUCCUCCACCAGCAAAGAAACAGAGGAAGAAAAUCAAGCCCACCAACAUCACUGACCUGACUGUUGAGCCCUCUCAGGCAGAGAAUCAAACUCAGGCUAUGAUUUCAUUCUCUGAGCAACCUUCAAGUGCAGAGCCAAUUCUGAUUGAACCCCUCUCUGCAGUUCCUCUUGAAACUGCAGAAGCUGACAAACAAAUGUCAGAAGCACUCUCAGAUCAAAUUGAUCAAACAGCAGGGACUAAGUCUGAUGAAGUGUUGAAGUUGAAUCAGGAAUCUCUGAUUCAACAUGAAGAAAUGCUUGCAGCUGAUGCUAAAGUAUCAGAAAGAGCUUCUUAUGACCCAAGUAAAUCAGAAGAUGCACAGAUAGAGAUGGUCUUGCAGCUGAUUCAGGACUCCUUGUUUCAACCUGAAGCUUUUGUUGCAGCUCCUGCUCAGGAGAUUCCCACAGCUGCAAACUCUGAUGCAGCUACUGAAGCUCUAGAGUCCCAUACUCUGAGCAUUUUUGCUGAUGAUAUUGAUGAUGAAGAUGCACCAGAGGUUACAUCCACUCCCAUUCAGCCUUCUGGUCUUCCUCUACUAAUCUCUGAGCCAGUCAGGGCACCUACACCAGAAAAAGAUGAUUCCCCAAUUCAGGCACUGUCACCAGUUAGGGAAUCUUUUCCUGUCAGAGCUCCCUCAGUUCCAAGCUCUACUCUUCCAUCCUUUGUGGCUUCCAGAAGGAAAGUCUGUAGCUUAUCUUAUUAUCCAAGGAUGUGCAGAGCUACACCUCCAACAAUUGAAGCCAGACUCACUUCUAUUGAGGCCACCCAGAUGUCUAUGCAACAUAUUCUGACAGAUUUGAGUGCUUCUGUGGCACAACUGGUACAGGUUCUCACCUCUGCUGAUGUCAAAAAGGGGGAGAAAACAUCCAAAGACAAAUGCAAACCUGAUCAGCAAAUGAAAAGGAAAAAGCCAGAUGAUGAUGAGGAAGAAAAAGGGGAGAUGAGCAAACAGCAAAAGCUGCUGCAGAUCAAAGAAACAAAGAAGAACAGUAAAGAAGCAGCAAGCUCUGAUAGACCACCCAGAGAAUCUCAAAAACAGAAAUCCUUGGAAUUGACUGUUGUAACUCAAGCUCAGAGUAUAAGGAAAGCAGUCAGAGAUUCAGAUGCUGUAUCUAAAGAGAUAAAUCUUGUGAGCUCUGAGGUGGAAAAGAAGAAAGAAAAAUUGGUUGCUGAAGCUGAAAAGUUGAUUGAAGCUGGAGACCCUGAGUCUCAGAAAUUUUGUCAAACUCUGAAGUUCAGAGGCAAAGAAACCACUCUUUUCUAUAAAUCUCCCUCCUUGCAAGCAAUUGAUGAAGCCAUGGCAAGGAAAAUCUUUGAAAAAGAAAAUCCAGGAGUAGAUAUUGAGGCCAUCAGACUUGAAGAAGAAAGAUUGGCUGCUGAGAAGAAGAAGAUCAGCAAAACAAAAUCUGAUGAGCAAAGACAGAUCACUCAUUCCUCUCAGAAACAGAAGAUUCCAAAGCAAAAGGGAAUAGUAAUCAUUGAGGUGAACUACACUGACAUCAACAGACCAAGAACCAGGUCUCAAACUCAAUCUGAGUCUGAUGCAGCAGACAAUGGGAAGAAACCUGUUGAUGGAGUUCCUUCAGUUCCUCCUGUGAUAAAGAGAUCAGAAGCUGGUUUAACCAGAAGAAGAAAGGGUGAUGACAGAUCAAUCUCUAACAUGACUUUAACCUCUGACAAUGCUCAAGUUAAAGCUUCAGUAACAAAAGAAAAGAUUGACAAUGCUAAAGUCUCCUGGCUGAAAAUAAACUCUGAGAAGAUCCAAGAUCAGAAGAAAAGGAGUCUCUAUGGAAGCCUUGGUACAAGUCUGUACAAGGAAAGCUCAAUGCUAACCAGAGUAAGAACUCAUGGAACCAGAGGAAAGGAAGCCUAUGAUACAACUGGUCUAGGUCACAAGAAAGAGAAAAUCCAAACAGGCUCAGCAACUACUUUCAGAGAUCCUUAUCCUCUGACUGAAAAGUUGGGAGAUGCUGUCACACAGAAGGAUCUAGACAAGGUUGAGUCAGUGCAGAUCCUUAUGGAUACUCAUGAUGGCACAGGAGACAAGGAGAAAAUUGCUAUAUUUCUGGAUGAGUUUAUUCGGCCUAACAUUCAAAGAUUGUCCCUGAGAUUUGUUUAUUGUCAUGGCGUAGCAGAUUUGCAAGGGCAUUUGCUUCCUCACAAGCUUGAAAGGUAG